GCUUGUCUAUGUAUGAUAGACUCAAUAUAACAUACAUUACGUAGUAAGCCGAAACGAGUUAAUACGCAUCCAAAUCCAAAAAAAAAAACAGAAAAAUAAAGAACAUAUUAACUAAAUAAAAUAAUCUUUCUUUGUUUCUCCUUUGCAGGUAGAAUAGGCUAACAGCACACACAUACACACACACACACAUAAAGCGAACGAACACAGGGGGCGAAAAGGAAAUAAAAAAGGCCCCCACACUCAUCUAUCCAAGGAGGAUAACCGUACCCUUACCAAAGGAGGCGAAGUUCAUCCGUGGAAUGCCCUCCCAAUCGCGCGGGCGGCACCCUCCGAAAGGCGGCCACGUCUUCCGCCACGCCGUCGAGGAUGUCCACAUCGGCGUCGGAUACGCCGCCCUCGGGGGGCUCUCGCUGCGCCUCGCCGCGGGCCCCCCCCCUUCCGGUUUUGAAAAUCCGGCCGAACGCCGCCCUCCCGCCGACGCCGCGUUUUUUCUCGAACUCAACGCCCUCCUCCUGUCGGAGAGCGCGCGGGAUUUUAAAAAAUUCCGCUGGGAGGUCCUCCCGCUGUGUGAGACGCCCGCGCUUUUCCAGCUUCACCGUCGCGAGAUCGCGCGCCGGCUCCUCCACGCCCUUCUCGACCGCACGGGCGGGGAAGGGGGGUAUGCGCGGAAAUCCAAAAGCACCGCGGUGCGCCUCCGAGGCGAGACGAGCCGGGGGACCGCCUCGGAGGGGUUUGCGGCCUUCGCGCGGUUAACCAUCGCCUUCGCGCGGGACCUCGGGGAGGGGUUUUUGCCGUUUUACGAGGUCUUCCAGCAGGCCGUGCAGGCGGGGUUGUACGACGAGCAGGGGCGGUUUCUCCCCGCGGUGGAGCCGCUCCGCCUCGUCUUCGCCGUCCAGGCCGCGUGGGCGCGGGAGAUGGCGCCGUACUGGACGCAACCCACCACCCCGGCGAAACUCAUCCGCCGGAUUCUCCGACUUUACAUCGCGCAGUUGCGGGAUUCCAAACCCUAUCUCGCGCGGCUUUCCGCGGAGUGGCUGGGGUAUCUUUGCCGACUCGCCCCCGGGAUGAUCGGGGUGGUGGUCGAGGAGGCCUGUGGGGAUCUCCUCGCGGGUUACGAACGCCUCCGCGCGGAAAAAACGCGCGACGACGGCGACGAAGGGGAGGCGGACACCCUUUCGACGGGAUCCUCCGCGGAGGCGAUCCGCGACGACGACGACGACGCCCCCCCCGCGGCGGAAACGACCGGCCACGGCGAGGGGGGGAUCCCGGAGGUGUGGUCGGAAUCGCAGGUUCGCGCGUUCCUCGAGGAAACCCUCCCUGCCGAUCCGAUGGUGCGGGGGUUGCAGUUUUUCGCGGAGGAGCUCUUCCGCGGGAUGCGCGGCACCCUCAACUCCGCCUUCGAAACCCAUUACCUCCGCCUCCUCGAGCGGUUUCUUCUGAUAAAUGAAACCCAAAAGGCGGCGGUGCGGGCGAGGGACCCAGCGUACUUCCAAACCCUUUUUAUGUUCGACAACGACGACGAAAAAGGCGAAAACGGAAACGAAAUAGAAGAAGAAGAGGGGGAUGAGGAGAAAAAGGCGCGUCAGAGGCGGGCGGCAUCGCGUGAGGGGCUCCAUUCGGAUCGCUUUUGGUCGCGUUUCGUCUUCGCCGAGACGGAAGAGGCGGAGGCGAGGGAGCUCGCGGCCGCCUCACGACCCCCCCCCUCGUUUGCCCCCCAACGAUCCUAA